CAUGCACCGCUUUACACUUCCGGUUUCCCAUCAGGCAGUUUUAAACAUGUCAGUGAGCGUACAUGAGAGUACCGAUAUCGCAAGAAUUUUGUCAUAGCUUUUAAUCCACGGUAUGUGGGUAACAAUUUUCUCAAACGUGAAAGAUUGGAGAUAAACAUGCCGAAAUACUACGAGGAUAAAGAGGAAGAUGGUCGCGCCUGUGCUGGGAUCAGAGAGGACUUCAAGGCUUGUCUCCUUCAGCACGACUGUGUUGUAAAGGAAGGGAAAUCACCAAGUGAGUGUUUGAAGGAGGGCCAUUGCAAAGCACUCCAGACUUCAUUUUUUGAGUGCAAAAGAUCACUGCUGGACACUAGAUCAAGAUUUAGAGGAAGAAAAGGAUAUUAAGGCUUGGAAAAUCGGCAAAUGGACUGUUUUUCCUUAGCACCUAGUGAUAAGUUUGUGAUUCUCAUACAAAAAUGUAUUAUUAUGUUAUUAUGUGAUUAAAAAGUUUAACAUUUUA